CGAGAGCACGCUCAGCGCCGGAGCAGCUCUGUACUUUAAACCAUCAUCAUGGAGUUCGAGCUGCGGGAAUAUUUCCGGGCGGCCUUCGAGGACAAGCUGCUAGUGCGAAUGCCAGAUCGGGAAGAUGAUUUCCUAACUCCAGCGACACGUCUUCUAGAAAAGAAGCGAGAGAUGAUUGAAGUUGAACAAGCUUUAAAUACAGAGAAAGAGGAAUUCCAAAUGAAGACAGAGAGCCUUCAGCAGCGUCGUACAGAGUUGGAGCACAAGGAGGACAAACUUAAGGAUUCAUUGUUUAAAUUUGAUAAGUUUCUCAAGGAAAAUGAUUCAAAGCGUAAACGUGCACUUCGAAAAGCAGCUGAGGAGCGACAGCUGGCAGUUCAGAAAGAGCGGGAAGCCAUGCGCUUACAGGCUGAAAACAAGCAGCUGCAAGCAUGUAAGGAGAGACUGCUGCGUAGACAAGAGAAGACCAGAAUAUACCAAAACUACCUCCAGAGAGUACUGGAGAGGACUGAGGAGUUCCAAGAGGUACAGGAGAUGAUAGACAGAUUCAACACCCUAAUGACCACACAGGACAAGUUGCUGAAAAGAGAGUUUAAGCAUCAGGAGAAAACCGAAAAAGAAAAGGCACGACUGCUACAUUACCAGGAGGAGGCUCGCAGCCAGAUCCUAGAGCUCAAUAACCAGUUGGCUGAUCUACAAGGACAGCUGGAGAGCGCAAGAGCUGUAGUGCUGGAAUGGGAGUCUCGAUGGGCACAAAUUCAAAAUACUGCAGCUGAGAAUACAUUACGCUUGGGUCGAAUCAGAAUGGCAACUCUGAAUCUCUCCCAAACCAUCACUAAGCAAAUGCAUAUCAAGUCUGAUGUAUCCAUUGAAGACACAGAAUCACAGCUUGAAAAGAUUAAGAUCUGCUUUGCGGACCUUGAUGCCAUAUAUAAAGAUCUAAAGAAGACCGAAAUAACUGUACAGACACCAGCCAUCUCUUCUACCAACUGAUUGUCUUCCAAAGGUACUCUUGCAGAAAG